GAAAGGGGAAGCGGGACUCUGCGGGACAUGGCGACCCUGUCGUCGCGCUUGCUGGUGCUACCCAGCCGGCUGGCGCUGGCCGCAAGAGCCGCCGUUUACUGGCUUGCCGUCCAUACGAUCACGGCGGUGGCCUGUGGCAUGUUCCUGCUGCGGACGGCCUGGCUGGUCGUCAGGAGGCGAAGGCGGGCCUUCGAAUGGCGGGUCCGGGAGAGCCCUCCCGCCUGCCUGAGCGACCCGUCGCUGGGGACUCACGGCUUCGUCCGGCUCAAGGAUUCAGGGCUGCGGUUUCAUUAUGUGGCAGCUGGGGACCGGAACAAGAAGUUGAUGUUGUUGCUACAUGGGUUCCCUGAGUUCUGGUAUUCAUGGCGUUACCAGCUGCGGGAGUUCAAAAGUGAGUACCGAGUGGUGGCUGUGGACUUGCGUGGUUUCGGGGAUUCUGAUGCACCCACGGAUCGAAGUGACUACAAAAUGGAGUGUUUGCAGGCUGAUGUCCGGGGCAUUAUUGAAGCUCUAGGACAUAACAGCUGUAUUCUCGUGGGACAUGAUUGGGGAGGUUUGAUAGCUUGGAAUUUGGCUAUUUGCAACCCAGAGAUGGUGGAGAAAUUGAUCAUCCUGAAUGCACCAAACCCAGCUGAAUUCUUUUGCUAUUUGUGGCGACAUCCAUCCCAGCUGCUGAAAUCCAGCUAUGUGUUCUUCUUCCAAGUGCCAAAACUUCCAGAAUUUUGCAUGCAAAUGGAUGAUUUCAAGACCUUGAAGAGUAUUUAUAUGAGUAAAAAAAUGGGAAUCCAAAAUAAAAAUAGUAGGUUGACUGAGGAAGAGUUAGAGGCCUACGUUUACAGUUUUUCUAGGCCUGGAGCGCUGGUGGGCCCGCACAACUACUACAGGAACAUUUUCAGCAGCCACCCAACAAAAUGCCGCAAUGUGAUGGCACCCACCCUGGUGAUUUGGGGAGACAAGGAUGGCGCCUUAGAAAUUGGCGUGACUGCCGACAUGGAACAAUACGUACACAAUGUGUUCCAACUGAAGGUAGUGCCUGGGGCCAGCCACUGGGUGCAACAAGACCAACCCGAUGUGGUCAACAAGCUCAUCUGGACAUUCCUGGAGGAAAGCAACAAGUAGAUCUGAAUCCACAAACAUGCAUGUUGCACCUUUACUUGAGUAAAAUUAUAGAUGAAUAUAUUUACUACUUCAAAUAAUGGAAAAGAAUUGCACAAAUUUAUUAGUAAAAAUAUUUUUAUAAUCUUGCAACUGAAUGUCGUUAAAUAGUGAGCUUUAUGAUGGCACAGGGCUUCAGCCUCAGUAAUAUAACAAGAACUUGUUACUGUGUUAACCCUGCUGCUGUUUGUCCACUUUGUGCAGAUUAUGAUUAAACGUUUGAGCAAAAUGGAACAAAAAACUAUAAAUACUAAAUGUGUACAGCAUCUGGGAAGAAAUGGACAAUAGAGUUGUUAAUCUGUUAACUUUCUUAUUGAUUGGUUGAAAAUUAAUUUGAGAUGCUUUCAGCAUUACUGUUUGGUGUUAAUGGUGUCUCCAGGUACUAAACUGGCUCAUUCUGCUUAACUGUUUUCAGCAUAUUACACAAACUAUCCUGGGAGCGGAUACUGCUCAGACCAGAGCCCUUGGAUAGAGGGGUGACGGGGGGAAGGGGAAGAAGAGGAGGGAAUGCUUAGUGACUACAGUGGCCAAGAGUGGGCAGGGCUGGGUGACCAGUGAUCUAGAAGGGGGAGUAAUGGGUGGGGUAACCAGUUACUAGGAGAAAGUGGCACUGGAUGACCAGUGCUUGGGAAGGGGCAAUGUUGGAUGACCAGUGUGCUAGAUGGGGCAAUGCUGAGUUACCAGCAUUUUGACCUACUCAUUAGGUCUAAGGAAUUAAUAAAAAUGGUGCUACACCUAAACAGAUUGCUAAAAGUCGCAGGCAGUCAGAGGUGAAUUUUAAGUGUAUAUUUUGCACACCUGUAAGUGUUGGAGGCUGAGGUUGAAGUGGGCUUUUUCUGUUCAUUUUUUCUACUCAAUGUAAUUAUGGUUUUAUUGUAAUCAUGUAAACACUUUUUUUUGAAGCAGGAUUGCGAGAAUCUGUCAGAGUGCAGAGAAAUAAAGAAUUUUUUUAUUCGUG